UGUCUCAGUGUUGGGCUGAACUCGGUGACCAAAGAAGGCCAUCGGAGCUAGCGUGACUCAUACACGUCGCCCAGCUCCUCCGCCACUCACGACGUCGCACGAGUCUCUCAGUCUCCUCUCUGUCUCUCUCUCUCUCUCUCUCUCUCUCUCCUUGCAAGCCAGCCACCGCAACCAGUGGAGGCUACCGCGCCACAAGUCCAGCCACACGUCACCAUUCAAUUCGUGCCGUUCCAUCACCGAGUCCAGUCGAACACCGCUUCAGGUCUGGUGAGGUCGUGAUACUAGUUCUGUUCAAGUUCAAAGCUUAGAUAGUAUAUUCCAAAAGUCAGAUGAGGGUGAAAAGGCAGAAGUGUCAUAGGAAGAGUGUGAGGUUCUACACUUCAUGCUUUGGGCUCAGACAGCCCUUCAAGGUCUUAUGCGAUGGUACGUUUGUGCACCACCUAAUCACCAAUACCAUCAAACCUGCCGACACUGCCAUUUCCAACAUCCUUUCUGCUGCUCCUGUUAAACUCUUCACCACCAGAUGUGUUCUUGCUGAGUUGAAAAGGCUUGGCACUUCCUACUUUCAAGCCCUUGAGGCUGCUCAUCAGCUCUUUACUGCCAGUUGUGAUCAUGAGAAAAACAAGAGUGCUGAUGCUUGCAUCAAGGAUGUUAUUGGGCAGAAUAAUCCUGAGCACUUCUUUGUUGCUACUCAGGAUACUGAUCUUCGGAAGAAGUUUCAGGAGAUUCCAGGUGUCCCCAUCAUUUUUGGUUUAAGAAAUUCCCUUUUCCUUGAGUCUCCAUCUGCAUUUCAACGCCAGUUUGUCAAAACUUCUGAAGAAGCACGCUUGCAUAUGACUGCGUUGGAUCGCAAGAUGUUACAGAAACGGUCAAGGAAUAGGUCUGUUGACGAGGAAGCAAAUAAUUCUUCCGGUGAAAAUGAAGAUUUUGUAGAUCAAAAAAUAGGGAUACAGGAUGAAAGGAAAACACCAACUGCCCGUAAGGCAACGAGCAUGAAGGACAGAGUUCAAUUUAAGAGAAAGAAGGCAAAGGGUCCAAACCCACUUUCAUGUAGGAAAAAGAGCCGUGAAAAACCAAAAUUGGUUCUGGAGAAGUGGAGUUUCAAUACAGGAAAAGAAAGAUGGCGAAAAUUCUGUGAGAAGCAGGAGCAGGAAACGGAAGAGAUCAUGUGGAGGCAAAAACAUGGAGAAAGAUGGUUGAUGUUAAGCCGGCCAAAUGAAAACUUGUCUGAUGUCCUUACUCAAAUUUGAGAAUUCCUUUAUUCUAUGAAAUAUUGAAAUAUGCUCCAGAGGUGAUCAUGGUUAUGACAAACGACUAGAGAAUACAGACUACAGAGUGGAUUCUGGAUUUUACAAGGUUUUUUAGUUUUAUUUUUUGUGGUGUAGAUGUUGGUCAAGGGCUGGCUUAUCAUAUUUGGUCAAUGAAGUUUGUCGACGUAGCAGUUGUUUUGAGUUUAGGAAAGCUAGCUAGUAGCUGCUUGCCUUGCGUCGGUGUCGUGAUUCGUUGUCUUCUUUUUGGUUUGGAUUUUGCUUCCAAAGGGAGUCAAGGUUUUCAACAAUUGGAGCCGA